AUGCCUCGCACUAAGAUUGUGAAACGUAAUCGAAAGUGGGUCAAAGAAGAUGAUUUCCAAGAGCUGUUCCGUUUGGCCCACUUAAAAGUGGAGUCAUCAUUAGCCAUGUUUAAUGCAUUGGAGAGGCAAUACAAUAAUCUGAUGGACAGGCAAAUUAAAUUUAUUUUAUUACAUUAUUCUAAAAAUUUGUUAUCAACCAAAAUGUCAUAUAUUUUGAAUCAAGAAGUGAAGGAUCACCCAACUUCCAGGCCAUUGACACGGAGUCAGGCAAUUAUCCAAAAAUGGGUAUCCAUUGCACAGCCCAUGCCAAAAAGUCCUGUGAAAUCACUCGAUAUGGAAACCGUGGAGAAGCUGCCCGAAACAAAAUCACAAACACCUUUUGCAUUGAUGCGCUGGCCCAAGGCAAAUGAAGCAGCAAUUUCCCUUAAAGGCAGUCCAUUGGCCAUUCAAACAUUGCCCAACACAUCCAUUAAUAUUCAUAUACCCACCAAAAGGGGAGUAAUCAAAAUGAAACCCCGUAAAAUGGAUGAGGUGAACAGCGAAGUGAUGGAGCAGCUCAAUGGUCAAGCCCUGAGUGAGAUCAAAAUGCUUAUGGGAAAUCUUAAUGAAAUUGUCAAAGUUUGGUCAAACAGAUGAGAAACGGAAUGGAGAUUAAUUACGCUUAUUUCGUUAAUAUUUUAUUUAGUCUUUUUCAUUUUCUCA